AUGGCCACAUUGGAUAACAUCAACCCCCCACUAAAAGAAAUACCUUCCAUCAUUGAUGAUCUCAGAGACUCAUUUCUCAAAGUGCCAAUUCGCCGGCAGUCAGACUUGCGUAAGGAUCUCCAUUCAAUCAGAAAAGCUCUUGUUGAUGACAGAGAAGCACUAGCCAAAGCACUCUAUCAGGAUUUCCACCGAUCAGUGCAGGAGACGUUUGUUUUGGAGUACGAAUGUGUAAUAGGGGAAAUUGAUUAUCUCUCGCGCCAUCUUGGAUCAUUGCUUAAAGAGGAUAAAGUUGAUGAAAAAGGAGCUUUAUUUUCAACUGUGAAGGCAAAUGUUGAAAAAAUACCGCUAGGCAUAAUUCUUAUCGUGACUCCAUUCAACUAUCCGUUGAUCCUCAGUAUGAGUCCUGUGAUUGGUGCAUUGGCAGCCGGAAACAGUGUUGCACUCAAGCUUCCAUAUGAUAAAUGCCCAAGGUUCUGUGUGCAGCUCACCAAGACCCUUUUACAAACCGGUCUCUGCCCAAGAAGAUUGGCUGUGUUCAAUGGAGGAAUUCCUGAGUCAAGUGCACUUAUGGAUCAGCAUUUCGACAAAAUCGUGUUUACCGGGUCUGGUCGUACCGGCAGGAUUGUGCUAGAGAAGGCCGCUAAGCAUUUGACACCUGUAGUUCUCGAGUUGGGCGGAAAAUCGCCAACUUUCCUCACUUCCAAGUGCAACAACAUGGAAAAAGCCAUCAGGAGGAUUUUGUGGGGUAAAUUUGCCAAUGCGGGACAGACUUGCGUAGCUCCGGACUACCUUCUUGUUGAGGACAAGGUUUACAAUGAGGCAAUUGUGGCAAUCAAGAAGAUCUACAAGGAGUUAUUCCCUGUGGUGUCUCCAGAUACAGAUUUCACGCAUGUAGUUGAUGAUAGAUCCUUCGAGAGGCUUACCGGAUACCUUGCCCACACAAGCGGGGGCAUCAUUCUUGGUGGAAAAGCUGAUCCUUCAACCAGAUUUAUUGAGCCUACCGUUGUGGAUGGUGUUGAUUUGACGGAUGCACUUAUGAAGGAAGAGCUUUUCGGACCAAUUCUUCCUAUUGUCCGUUACUCGAACCUCUUCAAAGUGGUGAACACUAUAAGAACAACGCCCGGACUCCAAACACCGUUGGCCUUGUACAUUUUCAGCGAUUCUAAUGCUGAGCGUGAAAUUAUCCGGACAAUAAACUCCGGCGGCCUCUGCAUAAAUGAAACUUUGAUGCAUGCUGGUUGCUACGCUACUCCGUUUGGUGGUGUUGGUUCAUCUGGAUGCGGAAAUUACCAUGGUAAAUACUCUAUUAAGACGUUUACACACGAAAGAGUGGUCAUGGAGCAGCCUUAUUGGGCAGAGUCUCUUAUUAAGCUUCGGUAUCCUCCAUAUGCUUUUUCAAAGAUUAACUUGUCUUUAAGACUUGCACAGAUUCCACCGAUGCCAAACCUAACGUUCUGGGAUGUUUUCCCAUAUAUCAUAAUAUUGACCAUCGGUGUUAUGAUUGGUCGCUCACUAUAG